AUGCUAGGCAUUCACACAUGCGAUCAGCGCCGCAAGAUUUCUGAAAAGAGACUGCAGUACCCGCAGCUAGAGUUUUGCGGCUUCGAAAGCGAUGAAGACCUGUUGUGGACCCCCAAUUAUCGUGAGUCCGACGCUGAAAUCGACAGUCGCGCGACCAAGUUCUUGGACACGAUCUUUAAUCUGCCAGCGAAGAAUGUGGGUGUUGUUUCUCACAGCGUCUUUGGUGCUUCGCUUCUACGUGUGAUUGGCCAUCGUGCGUAUACCAUUGGAACUGCUGAGUUCCUGCCGCUUCUUAUCGAGAAAACUACAACGAUUUGA